UUGUCCUUAAUUUGCUGAAAAAGAAAUUAAGCCACGGCUCUACUUAUCUCAAAAAUAAUAAAGGUGGAAAUUCCAUGUCUAUAACUCUGGUUAAUUUACUCUUCCCAAAUUCUCUAAAGAUCAUUGGUACUUGUUUCCUUUUAAUUCUUUUCCUUUAUCACUUAUAGACACAUCACUUAUAUCAGACUAACAGAGAUGGCUGAUUGGGGACCAGUGGUAAUAGCAGUGGUGCUAUUUGUGCUGUUGAGCCCUGGGCUUCUCUUUCAACUACCAGGAAACAGCAGGGCGGUAGAGUUUGCCAAUUUCCAGACAAGUGGACUCUCCAUUUUCAUACAUACUCUUCUCUUCUUUGGCUUCAUUACCAUCUUCCUUAUUGCCAUCGGUGUCCACAUUUACACCGGCUAGAAACAUCCUCAAAUGACAAUUACUUUAUCUUAUUAUUAUAAGUUCUUUCAAGCUACACUAUGUAUUCAUUUGGUAUGGGUCAAGGUGUACUUUGAUACUCAUUAAUACUAUGAUACUUAUUUUGUGUUGAA